AAAAUGACAUAAGCAAUUACUUAAGCUGCCAAGUAAACCUUAUUUAAGUAUUAACAAGAUCUUAGUAUAAGAUAAGCUCCAAAUAAACAACAUUCAGUAAUACUACAGUAUGGCGUCGAGGGAUAUGAGGAUAAGACAACUCAUUGACGGGUUCAAUAAGUCGUAUCCAAAUAAGUUGACAUUUGACGUUGAAUCAGUACCUUCUUCCAUAUCUCCAGAAAAACUCGCUACUUUCUUAAACUCAUUUGCAGUUGAUGAUUUGGCUACUUCUAUUGCAAAUUCGGCUGCCAAAUACUUUACACGUCUUGAACCAUUAUCCAGAAAACGUGAAAUUGUUAAGAAAUGGUCAACUGCACUUACACUAUUGUAUUACGAACUACCUGGUUUGGAAAAGAUAGUUGCAAAUAAAAUGGAGCCCACCAAGGAAGAUGAAUUUCUCAUGGAUAUACCAUUUAGAGGCGCUGAAUUUAAAGCUUUUCUUACUCAAUUUGACAUAAAUUUACUUAGUCACAUCCACACUAAAGUUCAAGGGGUAUAUCUUACAGAAAAUUUUCCGUCAUUAUAUGAUAUUCACGUAUAUGUACGCGGAGCAUUUAAGUAUCAUAUUUUAAGAAGUAAUCCCAAAUUGGAAGAGAAUGAAAGAAAUAUACAUGCAAAAAGGAUUAAAGAAAUUGUUAGAUUUUAUAGGUCUAAUGUUGAUGUAGAUCUUAAGGGCUUUGUAAAUAGAAUUGACUCUUUCGAAAAAGAUAGUCUAAAUGUCAAUUACAUUAAAUUCUUAAAUGAAAUAAAAAUACCUUACCUAAUGAAGUUAGACAGAACUUGUCAUUUUCGCAUUAAUAACGAAAUCUUGUUCUACCAACUUGCAAUUUUUUAUAGGACAUACUUGGAUACAAGAAGUGUACCAACAAUUGAAGAGCUUGUCUACACAAUAACGUCGCAUCCACAAUAUAUAGAACAAAGCAAACACAGAAAGAUAAAGACUAAAAAGAAGAAAAUCAAUCAACUCGAUGUAAAAGUUAAAUCACUCACAUUAGAUUUAUGACUCUGUCAGAAGUAGAAAUCAGUAUCAUGCAUAAUUAUGAUCAUAGUAGCUUUAGCUUUAAUUCAAAGAUAACACAGUAAUGAAAGAAUUGAUAUCAGUAAGCGGGGAAACUACGCUACGGUACACUACUAGGCCACACCAAAGAUGUAACUCUUAAUUAGAAGAUUAGAUGACAUAAGCAGUCACCUAAUGAACCAGUUUAUACUAUGAUUAAACGAAAAGUUUUGUUCCUAAAAUAGAAAUUAAGUAGGUAGAAAGUCGUAAAUCG